AUGAACGAAGAUAACAGUGUAACGGUUCUUGAUUUGUUAAAUCUUUCUUUGGGCACUCCGGAAAUUGGAGCUGUGAACUUUAACUUGCUUCAUCGUUUCUUACUCGAGUUGAUUAAACAUUUGUCUAUCGCCGGGGAAGAGAUAGAUGUCACAGACGAUCUUGCCGUUGAACGCGCUUUAAAAGAGACGAGAAAAUUGAGUUCUGGCCAUUCUCACAUACAACUUGUCUAUGAUGACCACAAAACCGAGUCAAUGAGUCCAGAAGACUCAAAAAAUGCGGAACCAUGUACUUCCAGCUCAGAUGUGACCAAUUCUAUCAGUGGGGAUGAAGAACGUCAAAAGUUGCCAAUCAUUGGGGAAGAGGAAAUGACUAUGCAACAAGAUAUGGAAGGAGCUAAAGGGGAAGAUGAAGAAAACGAUCACCGGGACAGAAAGAACAGUAAAGAAACUACAUCACAUGGUAAUGCUGAAGUCGUGAAGUCAGACAACAAGACUGAUGCCAAUAGUUAUGGUCUUUCAAGACGUCCAUCCUCUAUUUCGAGCAAUAAAGGCGUUCGCAAACAAAGCAUUCCUGUUACAGUGCCUGGUCUUCAUCAACUUGAGAGAAAAAUGUCCAUUCUUGAAGCAAAAUUUGAAUCGCUAUCAUCAGCUCCAAGAAAUCUUGAAACUGCAAACGAGAUACAAAACGAAGAGAGCAAAACAACUGCAGCAGGCAAUUCUAGGCAAGUUACGAACCUUGUGCGCAGAAUCGAGGUUAUAGAAGGCACUAUUGGCGGUAUCACUGCUUCGUUGGAUGAUGUAAAGAAGCAGUUAAAGAAAAUAAAAGACUUUAACUUUGAAGAAAAGUUUAAAGAUAUUUUUCAGAAACUUAAUCAAAAACCUAGCGUCGUGCAAAAAAUGGAAGAAAGCUCCGAUGAAAAGUUUAAAAAGGUUUCGGAGAACUUUAAUCGAAAACCUGGUGUCGUGAACACAAUGGGAGAAAGCUUUGAUGAGAUUAAAAUAAAGCUUUCUAAACUCGACGAAAAGCUGAAAAAUGUUCUGUAUAAAUCCGAUCUAAAGGAAUAUGUUACUGGAGAGAAAAUGAAAGAAACAUUGGAGCGCAGACUUCAAAACUAUUCGCCAACAAAAUCAGCUGUAAGAGAUUCAGCAGAGAUUCCUUCAGAUACUGAAUCAGUUGCAACAAAGUCGGCAACGCCAAACACUAAUUCCGUCGACAAUAAUGAAACAGCAUUGUCUGAAGUAGGAGAUGACGAAGGAAAAGUCUAUGGAGGAAAAGAGAAUAUUGGAAACAUGCCCAGUGAAGCUUCUGAAGAGUUUUACAACACCAUGAGCGAUUUCUGCAAGAAAACUGAGCGAAAGAUAAGGGAACUUGAAAAAUGCUUGUCGAACACUGGAAAUAAUAGGCACUCCAGCACGGAGCACUUCGAAAAAGAGUUGAAAAACAUCAGAGACGUUCAAUCGAGCUUACAAAACAGUCAAAAAAAGAUCGAGAACGACUUAAACAAUCUUUUAGAAAAUCCUUCUCAUUAUACUCAUGCUGCAUCGCAAAAUAUUCCCAGUGAACUUAAUAAUUCAACAGAAGACAGACUGCAAAGUAUGGCAGAAAACCUACUGGAAAUGAAGCAAAGGUUAUUCGGAUUGAAUGAUAUUAAAGAAACCAUCAGAAAUCUGAAAGAAUCGGAAGAUAUUGUUAGAUCUGACGUCGAUAAUGUCCAUACGGAACUCGCGAAAAUCAUGAAAUAUUUCGAGGAAGAACAAGGUAGAAGAAAAACGGUACCCAGUGUUGUAGGUCAUAGACUCUCGACUGCAGCAGUCGACAACGAGGAUUUACAUAAGAUUCGCUCGAGUUUACACGAUGUAAAAAACGAAAUCGAUAAACAUCAUGUCGCCAUGUUACAGCUUAUGGAUGACCAAAACAAAAAACAGCUUCAUCUUGAUGCUCUUUAUGAUCAUGUGGCUCACCUGGAAAAAAUGAAAGCAGAUACACAAGAAAUCAAUCUUGAAAUCAAAGCGAAAGCAGAUCGUAGAGACAUGGAAGAUAAAGUCAGUCAAGACAAAUUUCACAACAGUUUGAGCACUUUGGACCAGUCUGUUCAAGAUCUUGUCGAAAAGCUUGUGGGACACGAAGCGACCUUGAAGCAAGCCAUAAAUCACAUAACUUUGGACGUGAACUCUAAAUUAGAUAAGAUGGACAUGGAUACAGUGAAAGAUUAUUUUGAAGAAAAGCUAAAAGAUCUCAAUUCCAAAGUUAAACAAAAAUCAAAUACUGAUAAGGCGCAAGCUGCUGCAAGUCGUACUUGGCUUAUACAGCCUGCAAACUGUAUAUCAUGUGAUAGACCAGUUCACUUAUACCGGGAAGGCACCAAGUUACCCUCAUUACCUCUAAACAAACCUCUACCUCAGGGAAAGUCGUACCGGCCGUACAUGUCACUCGAUCUCAACGAUUUUAGGUCAAAAAUGCAUGCUUUACAAUACGAAAACAAGAAAAAUGAAAGCGACUCCUUGGGUGUAGCUAACGUCCAAAAUGAAUUGUUGAAAUUAAGGGCGAUAAAAGAGGUGGACGAUUUUGCUGAGAUAAGCAGCCGUCCAUGUGGAGGAAACCACACACUCACAUGUCCAGAGAAGCGAACAACAAUUCGAGUCAACAAAGCUUAUCGUGAGGAUUUGCAUUUUAUUGCUCAGUUAUCUCAGAAAGAUCUCAGCAUUGUUGAUAUUCUUGGAUACGAUGGUCACGUGUACAAAGGUCAAGUCAAUCAACUACCAUCAAUUCCAGAAAUUCCUAAAAGGAGUAUCGCAACUCGUCCUACUACCGGCUCAAAUCGUCAAUGCAACAGUAGUCCUACAUAAAUUACAUCCCUACAGUAUUCAAGUCAGGUUGCAAAAUAUGUCAUAAAAACAAAAACAUACAUGUAUAGAGAACGUAUUAAUUCUUCUGUAUUUGAAACCAAAUUAUAUUGCAAACUUAAAGCAAUAACUCAAAAAGGCUUUUGUUGCACAGAUUUUCAAGAGAAAAGACUGCAAUGAGUUAUGGGGCAUAUGAAGAAGUUAGGUUGCUAGAAUAUGGCUUGGAGAUUGUAGUAGAUUGUCAUUGUUUCCCAACUUAAAAUUGUUUCC